GGGCCGCAUCGAGAAGUGGAAGAUGGCGAGGCGAAGGUCACCCCAUCCUUGGGCGAGAAGUGGCAGAAGCACGAAGAGCUGAUGGACAGAGGCUUUGCCAGGCUCUCCGGGGUUCAGGCGAGUGGCUUGCUGGAUCAGUGCAUCAGGAUCUCCGAGCGCGUGCUCGGGAAGGUCAUGGAGAGUGCGGACUGGAAGUAUCGCCAGCUGGACAUGGAGAAGCCCAAGGUGGCCGGCAUUCUGGCGACACCAGGCAUCCUCGAAAUCUUCCACGGCGCAGGU